AGAAAGCAAAGAAAUUCAUGAAGCAAACCAUGUAUCUUCAUGCACUAUACUUGGCAUUAUCUUUUCUUUCAUUUCUUCCUUCAUUUUACCCUUCUACGGACACCAUUGCCUUCAACCAGUCUUUGAAAGACGGCGACGUCAUUAUCUCCAGCGGGAACACCUUCUCUCUCGGCUUCUUCACCCCGGGAAACUCUCACCGGCGCUACGUCGGCAUUUGGUACAACGCAGUCUCGGAACAGACCGCCGUUUGGGUAGCCAACAGAAACAACCCCAUCAACGGCACAUCCGGAGUUCUUUUCCUAGACGACACCGGAAACCUCGUCGUGCGCGAUGAAAGAAGUAACGUUUCUGUCUGGACGAGUGGUGUUUCUUUUCCGGCGAAGACAAUGGUGAAGAAACAUUCGGCUCAGCUUCUGGAGACCGGAAACCUAGUACUUUUGUUCCAAGACGACAAGGAAAACCGCGUGGUUGCUUGGCAGAGCUUUCAUCACCCCACGAACACUAUUCUGCCGUACAUGAAAUUCGGGAUAGACAAGAACGCCGGUCUGGACUGGGGUCUGAGAUCAUGGAAGGCCCCGGACGAUCCCAGCGAAGGUCAGUAUCUUUACCGGCUGGAGACGAAGGGGAUACCGCAGGAGUUUAUGUAUAGAGGCUCUGAACGGAUAUGGAGAGCCGGGCCCUGGAACGGGUUCGGGUGGAGUGGGGUGCCGGAAAUGAAAACCCAGUUCAUCUUCAACCUAACAUACGUAAAAAACAAUAAGGUAAGUGAAAUGUACGCCAUAGACGGGCCAUCAGUUUUGUCAAGAAUCGUGUUGAACGAGUCCGGGAAAAUGGAAGGGCUAACAUGGGACGUGGGGGAGAGCAGAUGGGAAGGGUUCUGGUUCGCACCCAAGGACCAAUGCGAUGACUAUGAACACUGCGGCGCGUUUAGCAAAUGCAACCCGUACGAGGCGGCCGAGGAUUUCGAGUGCACAUGCCUGCCGGGGUUCAAGCCGCGGGAGGAGCGGGACUGGGACUCUAGAGACGGGCUGCGAGGGUGUGGGAGGAAGAACGGAGAGAAUGCGUGCAGGAAUGGCGAAGGGUUUGCGAAGCUGACAAGAAUGAAGAUCCCCGACACUGAAAUGGCGACGGUGAAUAUGAGCAUGGAGCUCAAAGAAUGCGAGGAGGUUUGCCUGAAGAACUGUUCGUGCACCGGAUUUGCCACCGCGAAUGUUAGUGCCGGAGGGAUUGGGUGCAUCAUUUGGUACGAUGAUUUGAUUGAUAUGAAGGAGUUCACAGAUGGGGGAGGCCAGGAUAUGUACAUUAGAAUCUCCGCAUCUGAGUUAGCUAAAUUGUCCAACAAGUCUGAAGAGAACUCCCAUGAGAGAAGACUGGUGGCGAUAGCGGUAGUGUCUCUGGUUGCAAUAAUGAUUCUUGGGCUCUACUUGGGAUAUUAUUUGGUUAUGAAGAAGAAGGGAGACAAGAAAGGCUUACAAAGAAACAGUAUGCUAAGCUUAAACAACAGCUUAGCAUCCUAUCAGGACUCAUCAAUGGCGGAGGAGAUGAACGAAAGCGGGCCAACAGACGUGUUAAUAUUUGAUCUGGACACCAUAAUUUCAGCCACGGCUAACUUCUCUCUUGAAAACAAGCUUGGAGAAGGUGGUUUUGGUCGUGUUUUCAAGGGUCAGCUAUCAAAUGGACAAGAAAUAGCUGUAAAAAGGUUGUCAAGAAAUUCAGGACAAGGGGCAGAGGAAUUCAAAAAUGAAGUCACACUUAUUGCUAAACUCCAACAUAGAAACCUUGUGAAGCUUUUAGGAUGUUGCAUUCAGCAAGGAGAGAAGAUGUUGGUAUAUGAAUACUUGCCAAAUAAAGGCUUGGACACUUUUAUAUUUGACAGUACGCGAGGAUCGAUGUUAGAUUGGAAAAAACGCUUUGAAAUCAUCUUGGAAAUUGCACGAGGGCUAUUAUAUCUCCAUCAAGAUUCCAGAUUGAGAAUCAUUCAUCGGGAUUUAAAGGCAAGCAACGUUUUGCUAGAUGCUUGUAUGCAUCCGAAGAUUUCAGAUUUCGGAAUGGCAAGAAUUUUUGGAGGGGACCAAAUCGAAGCAAGCACAAAGAGAGUAGUUGGAACAUAUGGUUAUAUGUCACCUGAAUACGCAAUGGAGGGCUAUUUUUCUAUGAAAUCUGACGUGUAUAGCUUCGGUGUGUUACUAUUGGAGAUCAUCACCGGUAGAAAGAACAGCCAAUACCAUGAAAGCUCCAUGAACUUAGUUGGAUAUGUUUGGGAUUUUUGGAGAGAGGAGAAGGCUUUAGAGGUUGUUGAUCCAGUAGUAGGUAACUCAUACGAGGCUGGGGAAGUCCUAAGAUGCAUACACAUAGGGCUAUUGUGUGUGCAAGCACAUCAAAACGACAGACCGGCCAUGUCGGAUGUGGUUUUCAUGUUGUGUAAUGAAACAACUCUUUCUUCUCCAAACCCACCAGGGUUUAUAGGAAGACAAUCUGGGAAUUAUGCUGCACACUCUUCCACAGCACCAAACACAAGUACUGCUGCAGAUAUUAUUAGUUGCAUGUCUGUUAAUGAUAUGUCAAUUACUAUAGUAGAAGGUCGCUAAAGCCGAGAUCAGAUGUUAAUAGAAAUUUGUAAAUUAUUAGAAGAGUCGAGUCUGUGUACCAUAUAA